CAGGGCCCCGCAUUCCAUCAUGGCGGCGCGGGCGGGCGGCUGAGGCGCCGCGACCGAAAGAAGACUGAGGGACAGCACGUUGGUCAUACUGGAGCAGGCACUGCCUGGGUAACAUUUACCAAGAGGAGCAAAUUCAAGUCAGGAGAGUGUCAACGGUGGUGAACUUGAGCAGGUGUCAAUGAAUGGUUUCCAGACAUGAUGGCCGACCAGCCACCUCCUUUAGAAGCUACACCCAUACUGAAUGAAGUGCCACUUCUACCUCACAUGGUCAAUGGGGACAGCAUCCAACAGGUUAUUCUUGUGCAGGUAAACCCAGGUGAAACAUUUACAAUUACAACUGAAGAUGGACACAUUCAGUGUAUUCAAGGUCCAGCACAUGUUCCUAUGAUGUCACCAAAUGGUUCCAUGCCACCAAUAUUUGUGCCUCCAGGUUAUGUAUCUCAGGUGGUGGAAGAAAAUGGGGUCCGUAAAGUGGUGGUACUGCCACACUCAGCUGAAUUCCACCCUUCCAUGCAUCCUCCUCCUCCUCCUCCUCCCCACGUGCCCCAUUACAUGCACCAUCACCACGCGCUGCUGCCCCACCCGCCUCACCCAGUGUACCCUCCAGUUCCUGGGACAGGAGAGCUGCCACCACAGUUCAUCCACCAGCACCCACCACCACAUGUCUUUCAAGAGCAAGAACCUCGUUCUCAUGGCAGGACAAACUUCAUUCAGCGAGAUGAAAGGAGUCUCAAAAUGCAAGAACACCUGAAGAAAAGACUAAAAGACAGACAAGCUAGUGGUCAUACUAACAAUAAACUUAACAGUCCUCCAUCUUCACCACAUAAAGCUGUUAAUUCUUCCAAUGCAACAAUUCAGAAUGGAAAUGGAAAGGGACAGCAAGGGGCAGGAGGACCACUAAAGCAGAAGCAGAUAGGAAAAACAAAGGGCAGUCCAGACCCAGAGGUGGGAGAAUCUGACACAGAAUCCAAGAAAUGUGAUACUCACUUGAGCAUUGGCAAGCCAGUUGUUUCUGAUAUACAAGCAAGAUCAGCCGUUCUGUCCUGGAAUCUCCCAGUUAGUUCACAGAAUGGAGAGAGCCAUAGUCAUAGUCCAGCAGCAUUUACAUUUGAAGUAGCAAUAUCCAACAGUGGUAAAAAUGGAAAAUUUAAAUCUGUCUAUGUUGGGGAAGAGUUAACAAUUACACUUCCUGAUCUCAGACCAGCCACUGAUUAUCAUGCCAGAGUUUCAGCAACCAGCAGUUCCAUCAAAGAAUCCAUUUCAGAAUUAGUGAGUUUCACUACAGAAAGUUGUGAGCCCGACUGUCCCGCUGCACCCAAGCUGAUUAACAGAACCAAGAACAGCCUGAGCCUGCAGUGGAAGUCCUCAAAUGACAAUGGUUCCAAAAUAACUAAUUUUCUUUUAGAGUGGGAUGAGGGGAAGAGUGGAGCCUUCAAGGAAUGCUACUACGGGCAUCUGAAGCAGUAUAAACUGACCAAACUCUCUCCUUCUACAAAGUAUUCCCUCAGAUUAGCUGCUAAAAAUGAUAUUGGAAUGAGUGGGUUCAGCGAGACAGUGACAUACUACACAGCAGGAAUUGUCCCACCAGCUCCAUCACCCCCCAUGCUGGUGGAAGCAGGAGUGACCUGGCUGUCCCUCAAGUGGAGCCCACCCAACGGGGUGUCUUCAGAUGACUCCCUCACUUACACUUUAGACAUGGAAGAAGAAGGUUCUGGUUAUGGCUUCCAGCCACAGUACAAUGGAGAUGAACUCUCAUGCACUUUAAGAAAUCUUAGGAGGAGCACAUCCUAUAAGUUUAGGCUCUUUGCCUACAACAGUGAAGGAAAAAGCAGCCCUAGUGAGGUGGUGGAGCACAGCACCAGUCCUGACAAACCUGGACCACCAAGUAAACCAGUUGUAAAGGGCAAGAUCCACUCCCACAGUGUGAAGGUUACGUGGGAACCACCCAAAGAUAAUGGAGGAUCAGACAUUUCUAAAUACUUUUUGGAGAUCUCAGAAGCAUCAGUUGGCAGCAGGUGGGACACCAUCUACAGUGGUUCCCAGAGAGAGCACGUGUGCGAUCAUCUCAAGCCUGGCACUUCGUACAGAAUGAGAGUUCAUUGUGUCAGUAAAGCUGGGGAAAGCCAGGCUUCUGAUGUUACAACUGUUACGACAUCGGCGGUUCCUCCGGGGCCCUGUCAUGCUCCGUGCCUGGCAGGCAGAGCUAAGCCCAAGGAAAUCACUUUGCAGUGGGGCCCACCAUCUAUAGAUGGAGGUUCUGACAUCACAGAGUAUGUUGUAGAGAUGGCAGGCUCUGAAGAGGAGGAACACAGACAAGUCUAUCAGGGCCCAGCAUCUGAAUGUGUGGUGACCAACCUGCUGCCAGGGAGAACAUACUGCUUCUGGGCACGAGCAGCAAAUAAAAUUGGGUUUGGCCCCCACUCUGACAAAGCAGAGAUCUCCACUGCUCCAGGGCCUCCUGAUCAAUGCUGCAAACCCUUGAUAACUUGUAAAAGUGCAACUUGUGCUGUGGUUUCAUGGGAGAGUCCCUCAUGCAACGGGGCAGAGAUCAGUGAGUACAGGCUGGACUGGGGACAGGUGGAAGGAUCCAUGCAUAUCAUUUACACUGGCCCCUGCCAGAGCUAUGAAGUCAAAGGUCUCACACCUGCAACCACCUAUUAUUGCAGAGUCCAGGCAGUGAACGUCGCUGGAGUGGGGCUGUUUGGUGAGACUGGUGUGGUGACAACCCCAGCCUCUGUCCCUGCAGCUGUGUCACUGCUGCAUCUACUUGAAGAAGACCAAAUGGAGAUUUCUCUUCCUCUCUCAACGUGCCUUGCAAUUCAGUGGGAAGAGCCGUGUUGUCACGGAGCAGAGAUCACUGGUUAUAAUAUUGAGUAUGGGGAGAAGCAGCCUGUGAGUGUUGGCAGAACUACAAGCCAUGUUCUUGAGGACCUGCUGCCUGACACUCUGUACAGAAUUAGAAUACAGGCUGUGAACAGCUUUGGAGUUGGGCCUUUCAGUCAUUCCAUUAAAGCCAAAACGAAACCACUACCUCCUGACCCUCCUCACCUUGAAUGUGUGGUCUUCAGCUACCAGAGCCUCAAACUCAAGUGGGGUGAAGGUCCCAGCAGAGCUUUAAUUACCAACCCUACACAAUUCAACUUGCAGAUGGAGGACAGGUUUGGCAGGUUUGUUACUGUUUAUAAUGGUCCUUGUCAUACCUACAAGGUACAGCGACUCAGUGAAUCCACUACCUACUACUUUAAAAUCCAGGCAUAUAAUGAUGCUGGAGAGGGAGAGUUCUCUGAAGUUUAUGCUUUCACUACAACCAAGUCUCCACCUGCAUCUCUUAAAGCACCCAAAGCAAAUCAGCUGGAAGAAAACACUUAUGAAAUCACAUGGGAACCUUUACAGCCCAUGAAAGGAGACUCCAUUGUUUACAUCCUUCAGCUUGCUGCUGGGAGAGAGUUUGAUCAGGUGUACAAGGGGCCCGAGUCCUCCUGCCGCCUCGCGGGGCUGCAGACCAACUGCGAAUAUCGGGCCCGCGUCUGCGCCGGCCGCCAGUGCCAGGACCCUGCUGGCUGCCAGGAACUGUACGGACCUUACAGCCCCUGCACGGUCUUCUCAUCUCAGAAGCCAGAGCUGGUUCCAGAGGGUGCUGCUCUGACCACCCGGCUGGCAGAGACCAAGCAGACGCUGCGCGAGGAGCGCGUCAUCGCCAUCGUCCUGCUCUGCGGCUUCGCCGUGGUGGCCAUCCUCUUCGCUGUGGUCAUCCAGUACUUUGUCAUCAAGUAGAGGCAGAGCCUGCUCAGCCCUCAGCUUUUCCUUUUUUUUUUUUUUUUUCCCCUGCCUUUUCUUGUUUUUUGUUGUUGUCGUUGUUUUGUUGGUGUGUACAGAAGCUGUUUCGGGUAUUUAUGGUUAGUUCUAAUGAAAAUCCUGGCUGGAAAUGUGUCCCUGCCUGCGUUCCCAGCGUGGCUGCUGGCCGACAGCGAGGCUGGGCUGGCAGAGCCUUCCCAGCUCCUGAGAGCAGGUUCCUUGCUGAAAGGGUGAUCCUGGGUCCUCUCUCAGCAGGCUCAGCUGUUCAGCAGAACAACAGCUGCCUUCUGGUGCACACUGUGGGGGGGAAGGGGUGUGCACGCUCGCCCUCUCUCCCAGUGGGAAGCCUGUUGGAGGGAGGAGGUGUUGGUAGGACAGGUCCUCUUGGAGUCCCACCUGGGGCAGGUUCAGUCAGGCCUUGCAGGUUGGAACACAAGGUGCAGCAGCACCAACGCUUCGGCUUCGAGCAGCACUGCAUUGCAGAGCAUCCCUAGAGCAAACCACAGCUCGUAUCCCGUAGGAGGAGAAGCAGCAUCUUGCCUUUGCCUUCGCCAUCUCGCUACUUUCCAGUUCUUUUUUCCACGCUUCGGAUCCAGUAAUAAAUCACGAGGAGUGUUGAAGGUCGAGGGAGCCAGCAGUUGGAGAGUUUCAAUCCCAGGGAGUGUUCAGCAGGGUGUCAUGCACACGCAGCCAGAGCCUGGGGCUGGGCCAGGCCAGGCCAGGCCCCUGGGUACAACCAUUUCUGCCUGCAGUGCUGCCUGCUGGUGCUGAGCAGCUGGUGGCCCAACCCACAUUUCACUCUCAGUGCCUGAGAGAAAAGUAAUUUCCUGUGCUUCUGCUGAAAGCUUUGCAGUCUUCUCAGAACAGCACAGGUAUUGUCUUUAAGCAGAAAGAGUGCAUUUAUGAUAAAUGUUACACUAUUUGGCUCAAACUGAGCAAAUGUUUUUUUUGGUUUUUUUUUGUACUAUUAUUAACCUAACAAAUAAAAAAGCUCCACCUGC